UGUUAGCUUGACGUGUCCUCUUUUUAAAUCCCCAUCAUCAUUCAACUAAAAUAACUAGCCGUUACAAAAUCUGUCUGACUCCAUUUUUUCUUCUUCUUCUUCUUCCUACUUCCAUGGCAGCUUCAGUAGAAUCUCCAUCUCCUUCUCCUUCUCACAUGAAUAAAAACAAGGAGACUACAAGCUUGAUGGGUUCUACUUCUUCUCCAAUCUUCAGUCCUUCUUCCGACAAGCGUUUCUGGAGCUCGCUUCGUAGCAGAAUCGAUACUCUUCUCGAGAAUCGACAGUGCAGGGUUUCAUCCACUACCCAUGUGAGUGUAGGAGAGUCGGAUCGAGCUAAGAGAAUGAAAGAGGACUCGUUGCUUUUGAUUCGAGGGUUUGAUUCUGUUGCUCAUACAUUAUCUCAGCUUUCCAACAAUCUAGAUAAUGCUCUUCAGGGAGCUAGAUGUCUAGCUGAACCACCCACAUUGAGUGAAAUCUUCAAAACCAAUCUCAAGAACUCGGAGAUUGAACAGGAGGAUUUGAAAAGGAAGGAAAAUAAUGGAGAAGAGGACCAAGAAGGUGAAGAAGAGAAAAAUAAAGGAUUAAAAAGGAAAUUUGACCAAACCGGUGAAUCUGUAGAACAAGAAAAUGGUUUAGACAAGGAAACUGGGGAGAAUCUGAAGGAUGAUAAGCUUAAGAAAGCCAAAAAUCUUGCAGUUUCAAUGGCAACCAAAGCAGCUACACUUGCAAGAGAACUUAAGUCGAUAAGAUCGGAUUUAUGUUUUAUGCAAGAGAGAUGCUCGCUUCUUGAAGAAGAAAAUCGAAGGUUUCGAGAUGGAUUUUCUCAAGGCACUCGACCGGAAGAAGAUGAUCUGAUGAGGCUACAAAUGGAGGCAUUACUGGGCGAAAAAUCAAGAUUAGCAAAUGAAAAUGCAAAUCUGACCAGGGAAAAUCAAUGCCUUCACCAACUGGUAGAGUACCAUCAAAUGACCUCUCAAGAUCUAUCUGCAUCUUAUGAGCAACUUAUUGAAGGAAUGUGCUUAGACUUUUCUUCUCCACUACCUUCCCCCCAAGGAAGAGCGGGACGAUAACUCAGAUGAUCAACAAACACCAGUGCCAAAACUUUGUUUUCAAGAAGAGCAGCUCAACUCUAUUUGAUAUUCUCGACUUCAGUUCCAGGAACAGAAAAUUUUCCAUCCAAUGGACAUCAGAUGGAAACUAGACACGUUCACUAUAAGAAAACAGUGUAUUACGCAAUGGCAAUGGUUUUCUUUAUCGUUUUCAGCAUUCAUUUUGGGGUUAAAAUAUGUAAAUUUUCAAAUGCCAUUCUAUGGCAAUGGUUUUAUUAUCCAAAGAUUUAUCAUAGUAAAUAAUUUUAUUCAUUUA